UAGAAAGAGGAGAUUAUCUCAGGACUCUGUUGUGUUCCAGGAGGUUAUCAGUAUUAUUUCAUCAAUGGAAAGAGUUGUUAUACGCCAUCGGGUGGAAACUCCAAUACGGUAUCAGGAGGGUUUUGCUGAUCAAGAUUUGGAAGCCUGCAAAUUAAACCACUCUCUGUUUGCUUUGCCAAGUCCAGCGGGGCCUGAACAGACAAGGAAUAUACACGCAUCCAAGAGUGCAGCUGAAACAGAGCAGAAAAGCACAGAUGAAGCAAACCCCAAAUUUCAAGUCUUACUAGACGUAGUGCAGUUUCGUCCUGAAGAUGUCAUCAUUCAAAUCUUUGAAGGCUGGCUCCUAAUCAAAGCUCAGCAUGGACCCAGGAUGGAUGAACAGGGCUUUAUAGCAAGAAGCUUCACUAGGCAAUAUAAAUUGCCAGAGGGAGUUGAAAUGAAAGAUCUGAGUGCUCUCUUCUGUCAUGAUGGCAUUUUGGUCAUUGAAACUAAGACAUUUGACAGUAAAUAAAUUCUUGACUUUUUGUUACUGGUGAGACAAUAUUAUUCCUCCUUGUGAUGUUGAGCAUGCAAAUUUGGGUUUAAGACAGCUUUCCCAGACUUUAUUCAGUUUGUUGAAGAAACUGUUUGAUGAGCUAGUUUGCGUGAUGUGAGAGACAAUAUUUUUCUCCUUACAGCUGCAUGUGUACAGCCAGACAUUCUUAGCAAAACCAUUUGAUAAAAUAGGGGGGAAAGGCUUGAGAAGAAAUGAGAGAGAUAUAAAAAGAACAUAUGAAAGGAUCUACAAAAGUGGAUGGAAACGGGAGGUUGCAUUUAAAGUCUCAGGGCUCUAUACUGAAGGAAAAAGUUAUGAAGGCUUUAAUUAAUUGGUCUGCUGUAUAAGCUUUGCUGUAAAGCAGUUCAUACUCCUGAAGAGACAUGGCUGCCCAUCUAAACAAUGCUAAACCAUCUGAAAUAUAUGCAAAUACUGAUUAUUUAUUGCAUGUAACAAUUCAUCUUCAAAGAGAUUGUUUCCAACAAAGAUUUUUAGUAUGUGUUUCUUUAAAUACUUGGGUAUUUUGCUUUUGGUAAAGGAACAGCUGUUUAAAUCAGACAGCCUUCUUUCAAGUGAUAAGUAUGAUUGCCAUUCUAAGUAUAGUCAAAGAAUUUGGAAAAAAGAUCCAAACUAAAUACAAGCUUUCAUUAUGGACAUAUUUGGACACUUUGAAAGAUAGAACAAAGUUGCUGUUAUCUGCAUUUUAAAAUAUUUUUAAAAGACCAGGUCCUGAUCUAGAAAUACCGAUCAAAGAGUUCUACCCACACAAGCUAUAAUCUCUGUUAGAUGAUCUCUUGGGAGAAUGGAAAGGAAAAAAAAAACUGAUUAAGAGUCCUAAAAUCCAGAGUUCCUCAUCUUAGAAAUGAUAAGUAUUGACACAGGGCUGUCUGGAAGUUUAUUUUAAAUGGGCAAUAUCAGCAAUCUGAUUGUUCAUUAAAGGCCUCCCACCAUUUCUGCCAAGCACUUCCACAGCUUAUAUUUUGGUGGGAUGAUGUACCCAUAGGAAUGUCUUUUGCCAUAUGAGUAUCAUUGGCUAGCUCUGGCCAAAAGAAAGUUAAAUUUACAUUUUGCUUAAGAACCAUUUCAUAUGCCUUCCCCAGUUUACCUACCCACUUACACGUGAUGUUCCAGAAGUAUGCCUAGGAUGACAGAUGUGUACUUAGAUUCUAGGAACCAUGUAAGAGGAGAAAGCACACUGGUGUGUUUGAAAAAAAUAAGCCCAAGCCAAUAUGGAAAAUGGAUCAUCAUCAUCAUCAUCAUCAUCAUCAUCAUCAUCAUCUCCUUUAUAUUAAUAUCUUCAAAUGCCUUGUUUCCAAAUCUGCUUUUAAAAAUAACAUAUGGGUCUUUGGACAGACAUAAACAUAUAAUCUGCUAAUAAAUAUUAAUUAUUAUAAUUAAUAAUAUUGUUGGAAAAUGAUGCAGAAUUUAUGUUUAGAAAUAAGACUUGUAUUUCUGAAUUUUGGCAAGUGCAAAACUACUACAUGCUCAGCAAUACUUUUGUAAUUAAAUUAUGCAUUUAUUUACAAAGAUGCCCAGCUUCUAAGACGCCGAAUGAUAGUAAGACAGUUAUUGACAAAACAAGAAAAAUUAUUGUAUUAUUUAUGGUUAAUGAUUUUAUUAUGAGUCUAAUGUUCUGCUGAUAUUUUAUUUCUGUAUUCUAUUUGCUGUACAUUGUGAUUAUUUCUAUAAUUCAUUACAGUCUCAUAGAAUGAAUAUUAUAGGCGUGAUUUCAAAAUAUUUUAAGUGAUAAUUUGAAAGUAUAAAUACUACAUGUGACAAGUUUGUAAUCUGUUAAGAUACAGAGAUAUAAGAGACAUGCAAAAAGCUAUUAAUACUGUUUAUGAACAGAAGUGAGAUCAUAUACCAUAUCAUUGCAUGAUAUGCAUUUCUUUAUCAAAUGUAUAAAGAUGCCCUGCAUAUUGUAUUGUAUAUUGUAUACAAUACAGUGACUCUGGCUAGCAUACAAUAUUAAAAACAAAUCAACAAUAACAAUGAGAAAAUAAAAUAGUAGAUAUCUGGAAAUAGAAAAACUAACACCAUCUCAAACAUACAGUGUUCCUGCAGGGGUCUACCACCCAACCCUAAUUCUAACCCUGCAGGAAGAGCCAGGUCUUAAGAGUCUUAAGACCCCAUCUGAAUAAGUCCAGGGUAGGGCCAAUAGAAUUCUGCAGGGAUGCUGUUCCAGAGGGCAGGUGCUUCCACAGACAAGACUUGUUUCCUGGGUUCUAUCAGAUGACAAUUCAAUUGAUGAGAACUUGAGCAUGCCAUCUCUUUUGGAUCAAACAGGAUGGGCAAACAUUAGGGAGCUGGGUGGUUCCUCAGAUAACCAGGCCCUCAGGGUGAUAACCAGCACCUUGAAUUGCAUUCAGAAGCCUCCUGGUAGCGAUUGCAGCUCAGAACACAAACGUUACAUUAGGAUAACAUGGUUUGCCCAUAACUGUCUGUGCGGCUGCAUUCUGGACUAGUUGCAGCUUCCACGUGGUCUUCAAGGACAGCCCCAAGUAGACUGCAUUACAGUAGUCUAUACAUAAGGUGACCAAAGCAUAAGUAACUAUCUUGAGGUCCUCCCAGUUCAGAAACCGGUAUAAUUGGCACAGAAUAUGAAUCUACACAAAGGCCUUCCCCAUCACAACUGCCACCUGCCAUAAUCUGACAUAGAAAUAUACUUUUGAAACUGCAUGUUAACUUUUUUCAAGUACUUUGGGCACAAAUAAAAUAGAUAUUUCAUUAAAUAAAUUAAAAGCAGAUUUGUAUAAGUUAAAGAAAUCACAAAAACU